UGACGUGUCGUCACAGCGCCCUCUGUCGGUGAGGAGCGCAGUUCUGCUUCUGCACGUUAGCAUGAAACAUGUUUACAUUUAACAUUAUCACAUGUAAGAAGAAAGAUUAAUGUGGUGAAGAUGCUAAAGAGGACAUGACGCGAGAAUCUGCAGAUGUGAGUGUGUAUUUCAGCGCUGGGAAGGAGUUCAGAGAUGUUGUGUUCAUAACACACAGAGUCUGUCAGGAGUUUCCCUGCAGAGUUCUGCCUGAAUUCACACCCUGGUAUCCAUCAACAUCAGACAGCAUCAGACCCAUCAGACCUGAGAUCAGACCGCCGCUCAUCACACCGGAAGAGCUUAAGAACAUCACAUCAGACUGCAUCAGACCUGAGAUCAGACCACCGCUCAUCACACCGGAAGAUCUGAAGAACAUCACAUCAGACUGCAUCAGACCUGAGAUCAGACCGCCGCUCAUCACACCGGAAGAGCUUAAGAACAUCACAUCAGACUGCAUCAGACCUGAGAUCAGACCACCGCUCAUCACACCGGAAGAUCUGAAGAACAUCACAUCAUACAGCAUCAGACCUGAGAUCAGACCACCGCUCAUCACACCGGAAGAUCUUAAGAACAUCACAUCAGACAGCGUCAGACCUCAGAUCAGACCACCGCUCAUCACACCGGAAGAGCUUAAGAACAUCACAUCAGACAGCAUCAGACCUCAGAUCAGACCACCGCUCAUCACACCGGAAGAUCUUAAGAACAUCACAUCAGACAGCGUCAGACCUCAGAUCAGACCACCGCUCAUCACACCGGAAGAUCUGAAGAACAUCACAUCAUACAGCAUCAGACCUCAGAUCAGAUCACCGCUCAUCACACCGGAAGAUCUGAAGAAUAUCACAUCAGACAGCGUCAGACCUCAGAUCAGACCACCGCUCAUCACACCGGAAGAUCUGAAGAAUAUCACAUCAGACAGCGUCAGAGCUCAGAUCAGACCACCGCUCAUCACACCGGAAGAUCUGAAGAACAUCACAUCAGACAGCGUCAGAGCUCAGAUCAGAUCACCGCUCAUCACACCGGAAGAUCUGAAGAACAUCACAUCAGACAGCGUCAGAGCUCAGAUCAGACCACCGCUCAUCACACCGGAAGAUCUGAAGAAUAUCACAUCAGACAGCGUCAGAGCUCAGAUCAGACCACCUCUUAUAACACCGGACGAUAUGAAGAACAUCACAUCAGACAGCAUCAGACCUGUUGAUGACUGUGAAGACUCGAGCAGAAUAAAGACUGUCAGCAGCUCAGAGAAUCUCAGAGAGUUCAAGCGCUCAUGGUGUGUGAUCACAGACAGGACGCCACCGGAGAAGAUCACACACUCGUUCUCUUGUCUGUUUCGUAAGAUCAUUGCCAAACACAGACUUCAUCUUCAUCAGAGAGUGAAGUGGGUCGUGUGUGAGCUCAACUGUGUCACACACACUAUUGAUGAAGUUUGGUUUCGGCUGAAUCGAGCGAUCAGACACUCCAGACUGCCCACCUGUAACUCCAACUUUCAGCGAGAUCUGUGUCAGAUCUGGAUCUACUGUGACUUCUUCUAUUCAGAGUUUAUUGGCCGUUUCUUAAAGAAAGAACUGCAGCUCUCAGGCCAGAUGACAUUAACUGUUCAUAAACUUGGAGAUAUUCUUCAGUUUUAACUUAUUUAAAAAUCAAACUUGCAUGAUCAUCUGUUUUUAAAUAUGUCACGUGUUGUUACUGUAAAUUAAAAGGCGCUGUGGUUUUUAAAUCUGAUUUGUCGAUGUUUAAUGUUGUGAGAAAGCAAUUCAUCUUACU